AUGUCAUUCCUCUUCGACAAGGUGCACCAAGCAGUGCAUCAGAUUGGCAGUGAUCUCAAAGAACAGUUCUCGGACCAUGGACAAACCCAAGCCGCGGGCGAAGGAGAGCAACAAGCCCAGAGUAGCCAUGUUCAAGACCACGACAUGCACCGUUUCCAAAGCUUUGCACCCCAGCGAAUUGGCAACGAAGUCAAGUGGUACGUCGAUGGAGCUGGAUACAUGCAUGCUGUAAGCAUGGCACUGGAAAGAGCUCGCGAAUCCAUCUGGAUCAUGGAUUGGUGGCUCUCACCAGAGCUAUACCUCAGACGCCCUCCUGCUCAAAAUGAGCAGUAUCGCGUUGAUAGGAUGCUCCAAGCUGCAGCUGAAAGAGGUGUCAAAGUCAACAUACUCAUCUACAAAGAAGUAACCCAAGCUUUAACGCUCUCAUCAGCACACACAAAACAUACACUGGAGAAGCUUCAUCCCAAUAUCGCCGUGUUCAGGCAUCCUGAUCAUCUACCGGAUAGACAGGUCCUGACUUCUUCAUUUCUCUCGUCCAUUCAAAACAUGAAGAUGACAGCUGCCAACUUGACCAAGCUACCUGGAGAUGCUCUCAAAGCUGUCUAUGGUAUGAACGGGGAUACUGUUCUGUACUGGGCCCACCACGAAAAACUAUGCCUUGUCGACGACCACAUAGCCUUCAUGGGAGGUCUGGAUCUGUGUUAUGGCAGGUGGGAUUCGUGGCAGCACUCUAUUGCGGAUGCUCAUCCUGGAGACCUGAACAAGACAGUUUUCCCUGGACAAGAUUUCAAUAACGCCCGUAUCUUGGACUUCAGUGAUGUUGCUCAUUGGGACCAAAACAAGCUGGAUCGCCGUUACAAUUCACGUAUGGGCUGGUCUGAUAUGUCCAUCUCCCUUAUGGGCCCUGUCGUUGAGGACCUUCGGAGACACUUUGCCGAGCGAUGGAACUUCAUUUACCAAGAGAAGUAUAGCUCGAAGAAUAGUGCAGAUCGUUACAGCCCUCUACACGUUUCAGAGUCUAGAAAUGGAAUCGUUCAUCACGACUAUCCAUCCAGCCCCGAUGCUCCUCUUCCGGAACAUAUGCGCGAACGCAUGAUGGAACGCUGGGAAGAGAGUCGUGAGAGGAUGGAUGGUUUCAGGGAGCAAGUCAGACACCACUUCCCUAACAGCAGGCAUCCACCUCCCCCGCCACCUGGCAUGCCUUGUCAGAUCAUGAGAUCCUGCACGAAGUGGUCUCAUGGCACUGACAGUACUGAGCAUUCGAUCCAGAACGCCUACAUUGAAGUAAUUCGAAACAGCCAUCACUUCAUCUACAUCGAAAACCAGUUCUUCAUUACGGCCACCGGCGAUUCACAGCGUCCAAUCAAGAACCAGAUUGGUUCUGCCAUCGUUGAGCGCAUCGUCCGCGCUGCACGUGAAGGAGAGCCCUAUCAUGUCAUCGUCAUAAUGCCUGCCAUCCCAGCUUUCGCAGGUGACCUCAAGAGCGACGAAGCACUGGGCACGAGAGAGAUUCUGGAGCUUCAAUACGACAGCAUCAACAGAGGUGGCAACAGCAUCAUGGAGAGCAUUGCCAGAGAAGGAAUUGACCCCAUGCAAUACAUCCGCUUCUACAACCUCCGAAACUACGAUCGCAUCAACUCGGGUGGCGCUAUGCGUGACGCAGAAGAGCAGAGUGGUGUGAGCUACGACGAUGCUAGGCAGGAUUACGACCAGCGUUACGGUAGUCAGAACAACGAGUACGCUCAGGGAGGCGCCUACAACAACGAGGACCAGCAAUACGGAGGUGGUGGACAGAACAACCGCUUUGAACGUUACCAAGAAGCCACUCAAAACAUUGGGAGCCAUUCGGGUCUUUCUAGCGGCCAGUGGGACUCCGUUGCAUCCUGCUACAUGCUCAAUGGUGAGGACAUAAGAAACGUACCAUGGGAGGACGGCACUACCGACGAAAUGGACGCUUUCGUCUCAGAGUUGCUUUAUGUCCACAGCAAGCUCUUGAUCGCCGAUGACCGUGUUGUUAUCUGCGGUUCAGCCAACCUGAACGAUCGUAGUCAGCUUGGUGACCACGACAGCGAAAUCGCCAUUUGCAUCGAAGACCCUCGCGAGAUUGAUUCGUACAUGGCUGGCCGUCCCUGGAGAGCGACCGAAUUCGCCGCCAGUUUGAGACGAUUGAUCUUCCGUAAGCAUCUCGGCUUGCUGCCAGCCCAGGACGUCACCAGACCUGAUCAAAACUUUGAGCCUAUCGGAGUACCCAACGCAUACGACUGGGGUAGCCGUGAAGACGAGGCUGUCAUCGACCCUUUGAGCUCUGACUUCUCUUCUCUUUGGAACAACACCGCUCGCAACAACACUCAAGCCUUUGAGCGUGUCUUCCACCCUGUGCCAUCCGACUCUGUCCGUAAUUGGAAGGAUUAUGACGAGUACUUUUCCCGAUUCUUCCCCAGCGGUAAGGACGCCAAGGAAGAAAAGGGCAAGGAACCGAAUAAACCAAGUCAGUGGAAGUUGGGUCACGUCGUCGCAGAGGAGUUCCCUGGUGGCGUGCAAGAGGUCAAGGAAGUGUUGAGUCAGAUUCGUGGUACGUUGGUUGAGAUGCCUCUGCUCUUCUUGAAGGAGGAAGACAUUGCCAAGGAGGGUCUUACACUCAAUGCGAUGACCGAGGAGAUCUACACCUAGGCAAAAGGCUUGUGUAGUACUU